AUGCGCUUGCCGCUGGCGCUCGCUCUCGGCGCGCUGCUUGGGGCUGCCCAGGCAAAAGUCGUGAUCCGAGCCGACAGCAGCAGCUCAUCCGCCCCAGCCGAUGAUCCAUCAUCAUCAUCAUCAUCCGCAGAGUCGACCACGCCGCCGCCCACCUCAUCGACGCCGUCAUCGGCUGCUCCCCCUCCGACGUCUUCCAGCUCCUCGUCCUCGCCGAGCGCCGCCGGCAGCACGACGACCGUCACCGAGACCGACACCGUCACCAACACCGCGGGCGGCAAGACGUCAACAACCACAAAGACGCUGACCACCACGCAGACAACCACCGUUGUCGUCACGUCCACGGCUUUCACGACCACCACUGUUACCAGCAGCGACGCGCAGACAGCCACCAAGACGGUCUUCGACACCACCACCGUCUUUGUGACGCCCACGGCCACCGGCCCUGCCCAGAAGCGAGAUCGAUGGAUUGUGCCCAGGACCGGCGCUGAUGCCGAGCCUACGGAUGCCCCCAGCGCUGAGGAUGUCGAGCACUACCUGGCCCUGCGCGGUCUGGAGCCGCGUGAUAUCGUCACCGAUUUCGUGACGGUGACUGUUGAUGGAGGCGGCAGCGACACCACCGUCACCGACACCGUUACCAAGACGCUCAAGGAUACCUCAACAUCCAAAACUACCAUCACCAACACCAUCACGGAGACUGAUCAAAUCAACGCCAAGACCACAAUCACCACUACCAGCACCUUGACCGUCACCUCCACUGUUGUUACCACCGGCGUCGUGGAGUCGACAACUGGCCCGGUCACCUCAAACACCGGCACCCCGGACAACAAUGGGUCGCAUGCCGCCGCCAGCUCUGGCCUGUCUACAGGCGCCAAGGCUGGUAUCGGUGUCGGUGUCGGUGUUGGUGGCCUUCUUCUCAUCGGAGCCGCCAUCUUGCUACUUCUCAGACGUCGCAACCGCAGCCCUAGCCCUGAUCACGACGAUUUGGUCGGUGCUUCUGAGGUCCCGAUAGGCGGCGCCGGUGGUGGAGGUGGUGGAGGUGGUGGUCACCAGCAACCCAUGUCUUCACACACCGCUUCCGCUGCUGCUUUCCUUGCCCCGGGACGUACCCCAGCCAAGGCUCCCGAGGGGUACCGUGGUACCGCUUUGGGCGAUGGACGUGCUGGAUUCGCCAAGCCAGAGCCGUACGGUUCAGCCUACAACACUCCCAGCCCGGCCACCACAAAUGCAAACACCGUUAGCCCUGUUUCGUUCCCCUCGGCCCGGCUCGCUCCUGCUCAUGUUGACGCAGCAGAGCUGGGCAAUGACAACCUCAACGCCAACAAGUGGCAUGACUCCAAUGCCGCCGAAAUCGAUGGCAACGCUGUCAUGGGCCACCAGAGCGGGCCUGUGUACGAAAUGCCCACGCAGACGUACCAUUAG